GUUUUAACAUGUGGGCUUCGGCCAUGUUCUGCUUUUAAAUAAGGAAGAAGCGGGAGGCGUUAAUACAACUUUGUGUACUCAAUAUCUCAUUCACAGUAUGGCUUACGGCUUCUGAGAAAAUCGAGUCAGUUAGGAAAAAAAUAUCCACAGCAGAUACUAACACACGCGCGCAGCUGUCUGGAGCCCGCCUCACCUCAGAUGUAAUUAUUGCUGGGCUGGUGUCUCGCGUGUUAGCAGCUGGUUAGCUGAUUGAGCUAAAGAUCAGCGGCGAGGGUUUAUCUGAACUGGUUAAGUCGUGUUUAAGUCAAGGAUUCAGCUACUUUUAUCUAACAAAGCUGGUUAGCAGUGGCAUGCGGAUGAAGGACAGAGGGAGCCCGCGUUUGGGACUUCGCUGACAGCCCUAAGGACUUACCCGCUAUAAUCGAGGCUCUCAGUCUUUCAUCAUGUUUAAUAAGUUCUACGAAUGGAUCGGAACCGGAAUCGCCAGUCUGCGGAACGGAGCUCCAGCUGAUGGGGUUCAUACCGGUUCCGUGAGAGUGGAUCCGGACGGGACGUUACGGAGAAAGAGACCACUAGACUGUUUGGAAGAUGGAGAUUCAGUUGAUCAGGAGGAGGAGAGAGUGGUGAAGAAAUUCAGAAUGGGAGAUAUUAUGGAUACAGUGAAAAAUGCAGCCGAAGGAGUGAAGACCCAUGGUUCGAGUGUUGCGUACUGGGUAAAGAACAAUGUCAUACCUAACCCGGGGAACGUGCUGCCAGCAUCACCGGGUCCACCUCAAACAGGAAUACCAUCGGAACCUGCAGCCAAUUCUGCUACAUCAGCAUCUUUGAGGGCGGAAAACAAGUUUGUGGAUCGGUCACGUGAUAUACUUGAAGACACAUUUGUAGCUCCAUCUAGUUCAGUUGACUGGAGGACUGUCACAAAAUCUGAUUCCUUAUGGACUGAAGAGUCAGUGACCAUAUCAAAAGCGAGCAGAAGACAAGUUUGUAUGGACCAUCCACCCCACGAGACACACAAAGCUAACGGACACUCUGUUAACUUACCCCCUGCCUCCACGCCAAAACCUUCCCCCUCUCCCCGCUUGGGCAGAUCCCUGUACCACCGACCACAAAGCUUUUUGUCAUCUUCUGAUACCAGUUCAGGAAAAGCCACAUGUACUAGCCUGUAUGAGAAGACCUUUCCCAUCCGAGUGGUCCAGAGUCCUUCACAUGGCAGCUCAAGCCGCCUCCUCCGGGCCAGAGCUCGCUGUACAGCACAGGAGUCGGUGCGUGAGGAAGAAAAGGAGGUUUACAGGCAGCUCCUAGCCAUGGUGUCUGGUGGCCAGUCCACCUUCCUUCACGAUGGAAGUUCUCACUCCAGCAUUCGCUCGCAUCGAGAUUUCUCCAGCUUCCUGUCGUCCAGUCGAAGUAGUCUUCAUUGUGCCUCUCCAGCAGGCUCCGGCGCUGGAGUGCCGUCCUACGGGUUGUCCAGUCUGCCUCCCAGCCCCCAGCCUGGGUCCAGCCAGGCGUCCAGCACCCUGCCCAGUCCUGGUGCGUCCUCUAGCAUUCCAGAGCCUCAGCUAUGGGCCCAUGACCUUGAGCCCAGCACGAAAGGACCAGCUGUUCUCUCAGCUCCAUCACCAGCUGCCCUUCAGGAUACCUCCUCUCAGGACACACAGUCAUCAGCUAAUGAUGGAGAUUCAGUCAUUUUUGUAAAGGAGAAGCUGGGCAAGAAGCGUGAAAGCUCAAGUGUGCCGUGCUUCCAGGCUGAACUUUGGAUCAAAGAACUGACUAGCCUCUAUGACUCUCGAGCUCGGGAGCGACGGAGGUUGAUUGAAGAGCAGGAGGCUCUGGCCUCUCAGCUCCUGCGCCAGCGCCUCUCUAGAGAGGGUCGAGCCGUCCCAGCGAGUGUUGAGCUAAAGGUUCGAGUCCCUCUAGAGAAGGAGGUUCCUGUUGCUGCUGUUAUCCAAAAGCCUCAGCCUAUGAAAAGUAUCAUUUCACACCCUUGGUGUGUUUACUGCUCAUGGUGCUCACAGGACAUGGAGAAGGAGGUGAGCAGAGCUCUGAGAGGCGGCAGUCAGGAUGAGGUUCUCAGCGAGGGCUUCCGCCUCACCAUCACCAGAAAGGACCUGCAGACGCUCAACCACCUCAACUGGCUCAAUGAUGAGGUUAUUAAUUUCUACAUGAACCUGUUGGUGGAGCGCAGUAAACAGCCCAACCUGCCCUCUGCUUACACCUUCAACACCUUCUUCUUUCCCAAGCUGCGGAGCUCCGGUUACAAUGCUGUCCGCCGCUGGACCAAGAAAGUGGACAUCUUUUCUGUAGACAUCAUAUUGGUGCCUGUCCACCUGGGGGUGCACUGGUGCCUGUCUGUGGUGGAUUUUCGUAAGAAGAGCAUCACUUACUUUGAUUCAAUGGGUGGAAACAACGACGAGGCCUGCAGGAUAUUAUUAAAAUAUCUGAAACAAGAAAGGGAAGACAAGAAGGGGCAGAACUUUGAUACCUCAGAGUGGACUCUAAAAAGUAAAAGACCCAAUGAGAUUCCUCAGCAAAUGAAUGGAAGUGAUUGCGGAAUGUUCACAUGCAAAUAUGCUGAGUACAUCACCAAAGACCGGCCAAUCACAUUCACACAGAAACACAUGCCCUAUUUCAGAAGACGAAUGGUAUGGGAGAUUCUGAACCAGAAACUGUUGUGACUGGAUGAUUCUUUUGUAUAGAACAUAUUUUGACAUGUUGUAUGGAUAUGAGGGCUUCUGUGCACUUCAGGAACCCUGAGACAAAUGUGGGAUGCCCUCAAUCACCGGUCGUUUCUAUGCUGUCUAAAUGAAACUUGGGAAGUCUUCAUGCAACUAAGUGUGACAGUCUCAGUCAGGGCAAUGGUUUUAUGCCAUUUUAUAGUUCCCUAUAACUUGACAUGCUUUUGCUUUGUCAGCAAAUGUUGUUUGACUGACUAUUGAAGGAUGUUUUCAUAGUUUCAAUCUUUUCUUGUGCUGCCAUUCUUCUGCAGUAGUUGUCAAAAUAAGGCCUGUCUUAAGAUGAUUUCAAAUGAUCAUUUGUGUUAGUUGGCAGGGAGUGUGCUUGAUCUAAAAUCAUAAGAAGUCAUAAAUGUUACAGUAAUAUGAUGAGUGUGAUUUACGUUGAUGUCUUUUCACUCUAGGACAAGUAAAAUAGCUGGAACUGACAAUCACAGACUCACUCAGUGGUUUUCUAAUGAAAACAGCAGUUUACGUAAUAUUUGUGAUAUUUGAUACCUGUAUGUUUUAUACAGAUGCUGUCAAGAUAAUUAACUAAAAUUAUUUUACAUACAAAAGACUCAAUUAGAGUCUUCUUUUUGGAAAGGCAAUUUUUUAAAACUUAAUUGAGUUUUGUGGUUCUUUUUUUUUCCUAGAGAUGAUGAAACACAAGAACACACAAUGCUUUUGACUUCAGUAUGUUUUGGGAUGGAGUUCUGCCUUUACAGACACGUUUAUUUUUUUUAUCAGUAUUUGGUGGCUUUGUAAUAACUUGGAGUCCUAUGAUCAUUUCGGUCAUCUCAGACAGGCUGCACUUAACAUUUAUUUGAUUUUUCACAACCCAGCAGUGUCAUGCAUCUUGUUUUUCUGUUCUGUUCUUACUUGAGGUUACUCUGUUCUUCCUUUUGUGUAAGAGAAAACUAUUUUUGGCAACUGUUUCUAGGUUUUUUUUUUCUUGCAGGAUAUUGACAAUUAUUGUAUAUACAGUGACUAUACAGUAAAAUUGAAGACAUAUUUAAUACUCAUUUUGUACCUUUUAUUAUCUGUUUUUGUAUGUGGAACAGAUCUUACUGGAAGUAAAUUCCUAAGGUUAUGUGUGUAUCAGACGAUAAAAUGAAAUAAUUUCAAAUGAA